AUGGAUACUUCACAAAAACAAUUGAAAAAUGCUUUUGAUAAUCUAAAAGCUAAAUACAUAGGAUGGAAAUAUUUGAGAAACAAGUCACGGAAUUUAUACAAUGCUCAAAGAAAUUCAUUUGCAUUAGUGAACACAGAAUGGGAAGAAUUCAAGAAGGGUCAUCCAAAGGCAGGAUCAUUGAGGACACACACAUUGCCUUAUCCCAACCUUUGUGCAUCUUUGUUUGAUGGAGGUAGUGCCAGCAGUAGCAAUAAAUGGACCUCUACUAAAACGACACUCGCAGAUACAUCAUCUUCUUCUCAUCGUGUCCAAAGAAUUCUGACUGAUGACAACCCUUUUAAUGGCCUAGAAGAUGAUGAUGAUGACGCUUCCAAUGACACUAGUGCUCGAGCUCCUAGUGAUAAAGCAUAUGGUGCUUCUACGUAUAGGUUCGAUAAAAGGGUUAAAACCAAUGAUGCUUCUACUGAUAGGACCGAUAUGGAUAAAGCCUCUAAAACCUCUAUUAGUCUUAAUGAUUUGAGUCUUGAUAUGCAUAAAGCUCUGCAACAUUUGGUGAACAGCAAGUAA